AGGUGGUCAUGACCUUAACAAGGAUAGGCUUGAAAAGUUCUAUUACCUCGUGUCUGGCAUGGGAGCCCUGAAUUUCCUUUUAUUUCAAUCUCUUUGCAAGGCGUUACCUGACCAAUACUCAUACUGAUAAAAAAGAAUCGGAGGCCCGCGGUCCAAUGGAGAGAGAACAUUGAAAUUAGCAUAAAAAAAGACAGGUUCAGAUGGUAAUACUCUGACCAUUCUUUGAAAAGGAGGACCCACGUUUGAAUUUUUUGCUCAGAAUUAUAUUGUAAUGAAUCAACUGAUAACCUGAGUGGUCAUCGUUUUUGCCACGUGGACCAUAUGCACUUGCCAGCCUUUUUACCAGGGGCCCCGUCAGGGCCAAUUGACAGGUAAUAACAAAGCAAAUUUCCAAAUCUAACGGCUAUAUCCAUUCCCGCUCUGUUUCUAAAGACUUUAUAUGCAUGUCCAUAGCCACAGUUCCCUUUCCCACAUUUGCACCCCCACCAACGCAUCAGAGCCUCUUGACCCCUUGAUUUUAUCUGUCUUCUUUGAUCCAAGAAACCAAUGACCAGGAGCGACGCCCUCCGUCGACUCCUCCGUUGUCUCUCCCCCACCACCGCCAACUCCACCAUUAGCCCCACCAAGAAACGCCUAAGCACCUCCCUCAGAAACGACCUUGACGACCCUAUCGCCAUCACAAACCAAGACCAGGACAAAGACUCCCAAGAUUCCACAACAACAACCGAUCUCGAAACGACGAUAUCAGCCUCCGCCCGCCCUUCCAGGUCCAUGGUGAUAGGCACCAUCUUCGGCCAACGCAAAGGCCACGUCUGGUUUUGCAUCCAACACGACCGUCUCUCCACAAAACCCUCUCUCCUCCUCGAACUCUCCAUCCCAACUCACCAACUCGUCCAAGAAAUGCGCUGUGGCAUCGUUCGCAUUGCUCUCGAAUGUGAUCUUUCCGAACUCAGCUCCUGUCCUCUCCACUCGAUCCCUAUUUGGACCAUGUACUGCAAUGGUCGAAAGAUUGGGUUUGCUACAAAAAGAAAAGCCAGCCGCCAUAACCGACUGAUGUUAAAGACAAUACAGUCUACAACAGUUGGAGCCGGCGUGAUACCUUCUGGGUUCGGGUCGUUAGGUUCGGAGGAGAUCAUGUACAUGAGGACUAAUUAUGAGCAUGUUGUUGGUAACGCUGACUUCGAGUCGUUUCACCUUGUGAACCCGGAUGAGUGCUCUGGGCAAGAGCUAAGCGUGUUCCUCAUGAGAUCAAGGUGAAGAAGGC